AUGUUCGCGGUGUCCUUCUGGGGUUACGAUCUCGGCAAGCAACUCGUAUCCAGCGUAUCCAAGGUCGAGAACAACCAGUUCAGCGUCGCACAAGUCUCCGCCGCCGGUUUCUUCAGCGCCAUCCCCAUGACCAUCAUCACCGCACCCUUCGAGCGCGUAAAGGUGCUCCUGCAGAUUCAGGGACAAAAGAACCUGGCGCCUGGAGAGAAGCCCAAAUACGCUGGUGGCAUGGAUGUGGUCAAGCAGCUAUACAAGGAGGGCGGCAUCAAGUCAGUGUACCGCGGCUCUGCCAUGACACUGGCGCGUGACGGCCCUGGAUCAGCCCUUUACUUUGCGACAUACGAGACCGUCAAGCGCAGUCUCACGCCAAAAGACCCUGUCACUGGUCAGCCGGGGUCGCUAAGUAUGGGUGCCGUCAUGGUUGCUGGAGGUGCUGCCGGUAUCGCCAUGUGGAUACCUGUCUUCCCAGUCGACACUAUCAAGUCGCGGUUGCAAAGUGCCGAAGGCCGACCAACGAUCAGCGGAACCAUCAAGGGCAUCCACGCGAGCGGUGGUCUCAAGGCUUUCUUCCCUGGUAUUGGCCCAGCCAUGGCACGAGCAGUACCUGCCAACGCAGCCACCUUUGCCGGUGUAGAGCUUGCGCAAAAGGCGAUGACGAAGAUGUUCGACCGCGACGGCGAGUAA